UCCGCACGCCUUUUCCCCCCAUUCUUUUUUCACCUUCUGCCCUGAGGCCUUAUUUAGUACUUGCUACCCCAUGGCCUAGGGGCUGGGCUCGCCUUUAAAAUAAGCAAACAAAUAAUAAACAUCCCAGCGGCGGGUACCACACCCUGGCUUUGAUUUAGGGAACCUGAGGAGCAGAUGGAUGAUGCGAUGUAGUGGGAAUAAGCCAUUAAUGCCGGCUGGCCCUGCGCCACUGUUUGGAUGCGAUAGUAUUCCAUGUGAAUGAACAGGACCCGGCGCUUCCAGCUCCUCCACGAGAGCACGGCUACUGCAGAGAGCGCUGGAAAAGUGUUUAAGCUUUUAAAAUGUCAUCUAUCAAGCACCUAGUUUAUGCAGUUAUUCGUUUCUUACGAGAACAAAGUCAGAUGGAUGCUUACACUUCGGAUGAACAAGAAAGUUUGGAAGUUGCAAUUCAGUGCUUGGAGACAGUUUUUAAAAUCAGCCCAGAAGAUACACAUCUCGCAGUUUCACAGCCUUUGAUAGAAAUGUUCACAAAUUCGUUCUGUAAGAAUGACAUUCUGCCUCUCUCAAACUCAGCGCCCGAAGAUGUGGGAAAAGCUGACCAAUUAAAAGAUGAAGGCAAUAACCACAUGAAAGAAGAAAAUUAUGCUGCUGCAGUGGCUUGUUACACACAGGCAAUAGAACUGGAUCCAAAUAAUGCGGUUUAUUAUUGCAACAGGGCUGCUGCUCAGAGUAAACUAGGUCACUACACAGAUGCAAUAAAGGAUUGUGAAAAAGCAAUAGCAAUUGACUCAAAGUACAGCAAGGCCUAUGGGAGAAUGGGGCUGGCUCUCACUGCCAUGAAUAAGUUUGAAGAAGCAGUUACAAGUUAUCAAAAGGCAUUAGAUCUGGACCCUGAAAAUGACUCCUAUAAGUCAAAUCUGAAAAUAGCAGAACAGAAGUUAAGAGAGGUAUCCAGUCCCACAGGAACUGGAUUGAGCUUUGAUAUGGCCAGCUUAAUAAAUAAUCCAGCCUUCAUUAGCAUGGCAGCAAGUUUAAUGCAAAAUCCUCAAGUUCAACAGCUAAUGUCAGGAAUGAUGACAAAUGCCAUUGGGGGACCUGCUGCUGGAGUUGGGGGCCUAAGUGACCUAUCUAGCCUCAUCCAAGCGGGUCAGCAGUUUGCUCAGCAGAUACAGCAACAGAAUCCUGAACUUAUAGAGCAACUUAGAAAUCACAUCCGGAGCAGAUCAUUCAGCAGCAGCACUGAUGAACAUUCCUGACCUGACCAGGGACCCUAGCCCAGAAUGUAAAUGGUUAUGGCUCUGAAGUGCUUGCGUAGAUAGUGGCCAAAACCAAGAAACCUGAAGAAUAAAUCUGUCUAGACAAUAGGUUUAUCACAAACAGACUUGACCAUAACAUGAUUCCUUUGUAAACAAAUGUUCAGUAGUCUUGUGAAGUGCCAAUAUAGCACUGCACGGCAUUCCAUUUUCAAAUCUUCGUCAUCAUAUUUGUAUAUUAGACUUAAUAGCAGAGUAUAUUUAUUGAAGAGUAAGGCUGUUUAUUGGUGGGUUCCCUGGCUCCAAUUCCCUUAAGUGAACUUUUUUGAGGGGGAGAUGACCAAGAGGGAAGUUUUCUCAUGCUGGUUUAGGAGAUACAGACUUGCCACUGAGCAGCAUGUCUGGAGAGAAGAAAUUUGAUAUUUAGGUUCAGCUUUGACAGUGCUAUCAGAACUGUCUUUAAUGCUGCUUGUUCUGAUGGGUGACAGGGAAUCUUAAGAGCUGGUGGAAAGCAGCAUUUGGAGCAAGGGCUGUUUUUUUGAAAAGAAAAAAUACAUGCUAUGAAUGUGUAGAAAGUGAAGGUAGGAUGCUCAGGUUUUCUGCAUAGUUCUUAACUAAUCUUGCCUGCAGUUUGGUAUUGAUAACAUUAGCAUGGCCAAUUGCACUAAGUACAUAAUAAAAUACAUUUAGAAAUCCUUAAUGGUACUGGUUAGGGCAGUUGUAUAACUAUUCGAUUUAACUAGCACAAUUUCCCCAGUGGUGAUGUUACCAUGGAAACUGUCA